AUGGAAUUUAAUUUUUAUUUUGUAUUCGAGAAGAAGCCACCAGGCGCUGCUGUUACCGAGCAGCCCCACACAUACCCCAAGCCAGCUUCUGCCGACACGAGGCCCUGCGACCUCCUGCUCUUCCAUGCAUGCCUGAGCAGGCUGUUGAUUGUGGUUUACGCCUGGCGCCGCAACGCGGCUGCCUGGAACGGCAGGGGUCGCCUGAGCGGGGCUUUUGGAUGCGGGUUGGAAGGGGAGACAUGCAUAUUGCACUUUGACGGAGAAGGCAUGGCACAAGUCCCAUGGCAAAUUGUGUCACGGGGGCCCCUGGAGGCCCCUGAAGCUCUGAGGCAGCUUCGAGCCUGCUACCGAAGUGUGCGUGCUGCUGCUGCAGCUGCUGCUGGAGAAGGAGGUGCUGCAGCUUCAGCCUUGCUGCAGCAUGAAGACUUGGGACACCUCAAGGCGGCUCAUGCUGCACUGCGCAAGUUGCUCCAAGUAGAAGCAGCAGAUACGCAGGCAGCAACAGCCAGCAGCUGCAACACAUGCUUCGAGCAAGUUCGUGUCAGGUUUGUCCCUGAGCUGGAUGGGGUUUGGCUGGCCUUUACUGAGACGCGACCAGCAACGGUCAGCAGCAGCAGAAGUGGCAGCAAAAGCGGCAGCAGCAGCAGGGGGGCCCUCGGGUACCUGCUGCCGGACUUAGACAGCAACGAUGGCACCGUGUUUGUCUCAGUAGAGACAACUGCCCUUGUUUUCAGGCCCAAAGUUGGAGACCUCAUCACUUGCGAGGCCCAGACGGUGCGGCCGGCUGUCUUGCGGUUGCUGUGGCUGGGCCACUUCACUGCUAUUAUCAGCAGGGAGCACCUGGGAGACAGAUUCGAGUAUUUAGAGGAAGCGAAGGUGUACGUACACCGUAAGGACAAAACUCGCCGAAUUGCAGAGAAGGUCUUCGUCCGCAUGCACGUUAUCGAGGUUCCUAAAUCGCACAAUGGUGACCGCGUCGCAAUACGCGGCUCGUUGUUGGCACGGGGCUCAGGGCCACUUGUUGUUGCACAGAGCGUUGAAGCAGAAGGAGUGGCGAAGACAGACGACGCACAAACAGUACUAGGAUGUGGAGUAACAGACGUCGCAGACAACACUGCAGUGCAGCGUUUAAGCAAGCGGAAAGUGCACCAACAUGAUGCCGAUGCAGCAGAAAGGGCGUCUGUCCUCAAAAAGCGCGAAAAGGCUUGUGCUGCUGCUGCUGCUGCAGCUCAAGUCAAGUCACCGAGAAAGGAAAAUGGCACGAAAGGUGUUGCGACAGCGCACACGUAG